AUGGAUGAACUAAAUACAAUAUUUAUAAAAUUCUCAAUCUUGCUAAUUGUAAUAGUUUCACUCGAGACUAAUGUGACUUCAGUAAAAGUUAUAAUUAUCAAUGAUAUACAACCAAAUCCAUCUCCUACGGGUUCCAUACCACUCUAUCUUCAUUGUAAAUCUAAAGAUAAUGAUCUUGGAUUUCACACAUUGGGCAUAUUUGGACAAAGUUACCAAUUUUCCUUCAAUCCAUCAUUUCCUGUUAUCAAAACUACAUUAUUCUUCUGUAGUUUUGCAUGGCCUGAAAGCUCUUUGCACCAUUAUCUUGAUAUUUACGAUUAUGAUAGAGAUUCAUGCACUGAAUGCAUAUGGAAAAUAAAUAAAAAUGGGGGUUCUAUGUUUGGAGUAUUUCAUCCUUGGAAAAGUAUUGGAUUAAUGGAUAGGAACAGUACAUCCAUGGUGUAA